AUGACGCAGCAGUACAACCUUAAAUGCGCAGGUGUGAAACGUCUAAUGAAAGAGGCUAUGGAAUUACGGGAGCCAACCGAAAUGUACUACGCGCAACCAUUAGAGGAUAACUUGUUUGAAUGGCAUUUUACUGUUCGCGGAACAAUCGGAACAGAUUUUGAUGGGGGGAUUUAUCAUGGAAGGAUUCUUUUUCCACCUGAGUACCCUAUGAAACCUCCGAAUAUGAUAAUUUUGACGCCAAAUGGAAGAUUCGAGUUGAAUAAAAAAAUUUGUCUUUCGAUCUCGGGAUAUCAUCCAGAAACAUGGCUGCCUUCAUGGAGUAUAAGAACCGCACUUCUUGCCUUAAUUGGAUUCAUGCCAACUGCCGGCGGUGGCGCCCUUGGUAGUCUUGAUUACCCGCCGGAAGAACGUAGGAAAUUAGCAAAAAUGUCCGCUUUCUGGAAAUGCAAUCAUUGCCAAGUGUUAAUGAAAGAUGUGCUACUACCCAUCACCGAAGACGGUGCGAGGAAGGACGCCGAAGAGGCGAAAUCAUUGGCGGAACAACUAAAAUUCCAGGAUGAGAGUGAUGUCAAAAAAUCCGUCGAAGAAAGUAAAGCUGAAGAGGGAAAAGUUUGUGAAGAGCCCGAACAAGCAGAAUCGACUGAAAUUUCAGAAGCACCUCCAACACCGUCAACCAUCAGUGAAACUAUUGACGAGCCAGCUAGCCAAUCAGCUGUCGAACCAGUCGCCGAACUUGCUCAACUUCCGCGUGCUCAAGAAGUUCCAAUUAUUCCGCCAUCGGAACGACGCCUUCGUUCUUCGCAGUCUUGCGACUACUCGCUCUUCGUUAGCAUUCCAAUUUGUGUGUUCGCGCUUUCCAUAUUUAUAGUGCUACUCAGUCGCCGAAUUUUGCUCAUUCAAUAG